AUGAAAUCAAAUAAAUCUCAAAAGUAGAAUAAAAUGCAACUAUUUUAUAAUGCAAAAUUACAUAACAUCACAAUCACAGAUAUUGCUGAUGAAUCAAAAACCCGCAUGAACCAUUCGGUAAAAAUUUUACGGACUGAAACCAAAGAAGAUUUAAAUUAGCGUGUUUAGACUCUACCUAUAAAGAAUACUACUAUGAAAAACUCUUAGGUAAAGAGAAGGAGGCUUAAAUUACGUAUUUCAGUUAUUAAUCAAAUGAUGAUGUAUUCUGAAGAAUAAUUAUAAGAAAAAUGCAUUGACAUAUUCCGAAAACUGGCUAAGCCCAUUGCAGGAAUACCAAUAUUGGAGCAAAGCCGACUUUAUUAAUAUUUGAUACAGAUUUUUCAUAAUGAAUAGAUCGCCACAAAAACAGUUAGAUAUUUGUAAGUCCCUUAAAAUAUGAAUUAUAAGCAAUACUGCGAUAUGAUCAUGGGUUUCAAUGAUUGGACUAAAGUUGAUAUUCUGUUUUACUGUUUUUAUGUGUUUUAAGAUAAUUACUCGGCAAUAUUGGAUUCCAACUCCUUAUUUUAAUUAUUAACCUCUGAGUAAUGCUUUUCGGACGAUUCAAAUUUCAUAAUAAGGACAUUAAGACAGAGGUAAGAGUUCAAUCAUAGAGACAAUUACAAGACAUAUCAUACGAAAUUGUUAAAGAUUCCUAAUCUGACAUUUCGAAGGUAUAAGCGAGAAUAGGAAAUGAUUAUUGAGAAGCUUCGUAAAUAGAAAUUAGAUGUAUAUCAAAUUAAAAAAAAAAUGAUGAUUUCUAAUUUCAAAGAACAUUAAUUUGUUGAUAAAGAAGAUAACAUUUAUUAAUUACCCAUUUAAAAAGACGAUGAUAUAAUAGUUACAUUUGAAACAUUCAAAUCCAUAUAUAGUCAUAGUCAUCCUUGUUUUUUUGGCUGGCUAAUGAAAUGUCUGGGGGAUAUUGAUAUAUAUUUUAUUGGUUAGAAAUUAUGA